CCUUUGUUUUUACUUUCUUCCUCGUCGUCGAGACAGAGAGAGAGCAAAAGAUAGAUUUGGUUGUGUGUUUUUGACGAAAGAAGCUUCUUCGCUCUUCUCCUCUCGUCCUUUUAGAACUUUUCGUCGUCUUUCGAUCGUCAACGCGUUUCAUCUCAUCUGCGAUUUCUCGAAGCUUCAGAUCAACGAUCAUGGCCACCUCUGGAAACAAGAACAUCAACGCCAAAUUGGUAUUGCUUGGAGAUGUUGGUGCUGGAAAGUCAAGUCUUGUGCUUCGUUUUGUUAAAGAUCAGUUUGUUGAGUUCCAGGAAUCAACCAUAGGUGCAGCUUUUUUCUCUCAGACAUUGGCUGUGAAUGACGCGACUGUCAAGUUUGAGAUAUGGGAUACAGCUGGUCAGGAACGUUACCAUAGCUUGGCUCCAAUGUACUACAGGGGUGCUGCUGCUGCCAUUAUUGUCUUUGACAUUACUAAUCAAGCCUCUUUUGAGAGGGCGAAGAAAUGGGUUCAGGAACUGCAGGCACAAGGUAACCCUAAUAUGGUGAUGGCUCUUGCUGGAAACAAAGCUGAUUUAUUAGAUGCAAGGAAAGUGUCUCCAGAGGAGGCAGAGACAUAUGCUCAAGAGAACAGCCUUUUCUUCAUGGAAACCUCAGCGAAGACUGCAACUAAUGUCAAAGACAUCUUCUACGAAAUCGCAAAAAGGCUACCACGUGUACAGCCAGCAGAGAACCCAACAGGGAUGGUUCUCCCAAACGGGCCAGGAGCUCCAGCAGCAAGCGCAUCAUGUUGUGCUUAGUCGCAGUAGAUCUCUCUUCUUCUUAUCCGGACAUUGUCGCUUUGAAUUGCAUUGACAACAAAAGUGUAUAAAUCCAAUGAUAUUUCCAACUAUGGUGAAUCUUAAAAGAUAUUUGUAUUUGAACGAGGGUUUGGAUCUCAUUUGUAAUUAGAUUCCAUAACUCUCUGUGCAUGUGUUUUUACUUCUAUAUAUUUUGUGCACCAA